AGGGUAGUAAUAUCCGGUAGGUGUUGUUAGGUCACCGUCUUCUCAAUGCGGGAAAGUUUUCUGUAAACUCAGUGAGAGGUAUUAUACUUUAAAAUGGAUGCGGAAAGGGAAAAUCAACCCAAAAUGAUGUGGCAACCGGACAGAAGCAAAAUAACACAAAUGGAUGAAUUGAGAAACCAAAUAAAUAAGAAAUUUGGUGUAAAUUUAGAAACCUACCAUCAGUUCCAUAAAUGGUCCUGUGAAAAUUAUUCACAAUUCUGGGAAGAAGUUUGGAAAUUUACAGAUGUGAUUCACAGUGAGCCAUACGAUGAGGUAAUUGAUAAGAAUAAAGAUAUAGCUGAAAUACCUGAAUGGUUUCAUGGAGUUAGAAUGAAUUUUGCUGAGAAUUUACUUCGUUAUGAUGAUGAUAGAAUAGCCAUUUACUCUACAGGAGAAGGACAAGCAGAAGUGAAGACUAAAACAUUUCAUCAGUUAAGGCAUGAUGUAAGUGUCUAUGCUGCAGCUAUGAGAGCCAUGGGUAUCCAGACUGGAGAUAGAGUUGUAGGUUAUAUACCUAAUUGUGAAGAAGCUGUUAUAGCUAUGUUAGCUACAGCUAGUAUUGGGGCUAUCUGGAGCUCUACAUCACCAGAUUUCGGAGUUGUGGGUGUUUUAGAAAGAUUUUCCCAGAUUCGUCCCAAGUUAAUAUUUAGUGUAAAUGGUGUAAAUUAUAAUGGUAAAAUACACAAUCAUAUGGAGAAAAUAGAACAGGUGGUUAGAGGAUUACCAGAUUUAGAAAAAGUCGUAAUUUUUCCUUUUGUUAAAGAAAGUAAAUUUGAUCUUUGUCACAUUCCGAACAGUUGUAGUUUAGAACAGUUUUUAUCAGAUGGUAUAAAAGAAGGGAGACAACCUGUGUUAAAGUUUGAACAAGUUCCAUUUAAUCAUCCACUAUAUAUAAUGUAUUCAUCUGGUACAACAGGUGUACCCAAAUGUAUGGUACAUUCUGUAGGAGGAACUUUAUUAAAGCAUUUAGAAGAACAUCGGAUACAGAGUGAUAUGACACGAGAUGAUAUAAUGUUAUAUUAUACUACAGCAGGUUGGAUGAUGUGGAAUUGGUUAGUAUCAGUAUUAGCGGUUGGUGCUGCCAUCUUUCUGUACGACGGAUCACCUCUUAUACCAACACCUAAUAUAUUCUGGGAUCUAAUAGAUAAAUCAGGAAUUACCAUAUUGGGCACAGGUGCAAAAUGGCUGUCCGUUUUAGAGGAGAAAAAUGUGAAACCAAAAGAAACCCAUAGUUUAAAGUCUCUGCGUAUGAUAUUAUCGACAGGAUCUCCGUUAAAACCACAGAGUUAUGAAUAUGUUUAUCGAGAUAUUAAACAAGAUCUUCUACUUGGAUCAAUUUCAGGUGGUACAGAUAUUAUAGCAUGUUUUAUGGGACAGAAUGUUACAUUACCAGUCUAUAAAGGUGAAAUCCAGUCAAUGGUGUUAGGUUGUGAUAUGAACAGUUGGGAUGAAACUGGUAAACCAGUAUACAAUACAAGUGGUGACUUAGUCUGUUUAAAACCAUUUCCUUCCAUGCCCGUUAAAUUCUGGAAUGAUCCAAAUAAUCUCAAAUAUCAUCGAGCUUACUUCGAUAAAUUUCCUGGUGUAUGGGCCCAUGGUGAUUACUGUAUGAUAAAUUCAGCUACUGGUGGACUCGUUAUGUUAGGACGCAGUGAUGGCACAUUAAACCCAAAUGGUGUUAGAUUUGGUAGUGCAGAAAUAUACCACAUAGUUGAAUCCUUUAAAGAAAUAGCCGACAGUGUUUGUGUACCACAGAGGAAAUCUGACGGCAGCGAGGAAAGGGUUAUAUUAUUUCUCAAGAUGGCACCAGGAUCAGAAUUUAAUAAAGAUUUGAUAACUAGUCUGAAAUCAUCAGUUCGAACGUAUUUAACAUCUCGUCAUGUUCCUUCCGUGAUAUUACCAAUAGCAGAUAUUCCAUAUACAAUAAGUGGUAAGAAAGUGGAGAUCGCUGUACGACAAGCUAUACACGGGGAAGAUGUCUUACAGCGUGGUGCCUUCUCCAACCCUUCGUCUAUAGAUCUAUAUUAUAAUAUACCAGACAUACAGGGUUGGGUUCACACGUAAACAUAUUACAAAUGGCAUAGAGGGGAAAAUAAACCACAUUUACGAAUCGCAAUAUAUGGUUACGCUUAAAGGAAAAGGGGAAUUCCCUCUUUCAGAUGUAUAGAUAUAUUUUAUUCUAAGUUGUUGAGUUUUCAGUAUAAAAUUGCAUCUAAAGGAAUAGAGAAGAAAAAUAAACCACAUUUUUUACAGAUCACAGAAUCGUGAUUCGUUUAUAAAAAAAAGGGGAAUUCCCUCUUUCAGAUGUAUGGAUAUAGUUUAUUCUUAGUCAUUGACUUUUCAGUAUAAAAUAAAAUGUUUAUUUGUUACAAUUAUUGAACAAAUCUUUUUUACAUGAUAUACAAAGUUUUAAAGUGCACAUAAGAUGGCCGAGAAAACUUUUUUAACGAUAAACCACAUGUAAGGUAAUGGAGGGCGACGAUAAAUCACAUGUAUUACAGAUAGUAUAAUAGUGUUACGAUAAAGGAAAAGGGGAAUUCCCUCUUUCAGAUGUAUAGAUAUAUUGUAUUCUUCAUUAUUGACUUCUCAAGAACAAAGAGAUAGGAACAAAUCUUUGGUAUUUGAUAUACAAGGUUUUUUAAUUUUUAGUAUGUGAUUGCUGAAACCAUUUAGUAAAAUAGUGACAAUGGCAUUCAGUAAUUGAACUGGAAUAAACAGAUCACAAUUCUAUGGAAUACAAUUACUGCUUAUUACUGAGCGACGUUUCGACUAGGCUUCUCUAGUCAUUGUCAAGCAAUGAUAAAAUGUUUACAUAUUGUCUUGUUAUAUUUUCAUAUUUUAUCAUUGCUUGAUAAUGACUAGAGAAGCCUAAUCAAAACACAAAAAUAAAAACCUUCCUGCAUCAGAUUCUUGGUAAGGAUUGUCUUGAGAACCAGAAUAGAUUUUAUUCGUGUGACCUUAUGUUGAUUAUAAAAUAACAACAGAUCAGGAACAGCUUUAUUAUAUUUAUAUAGUAUUAUUUAUGUAAAAGAUGAGAUUAUCAUCAUAGCAACUUGGUUGAUUUAUUUAUUUAUAAUGGGUGCCGGUGAUUCAUGUAUACAUAUGGGCAUUAUUCAAUUUACGGUCAAAUGCAGCGGUCUUACUUUUGCUAAAGUCAUAGUUGUGGAAAUAUCAAAAAUGUCCCACAUUUCUGUUUGCAAUAAUUGAAAACUGUAAUUGUUGAAUUUGUUUAAAGUAAGAGACAUUACAGACAGAUAAACAAUAUGAGAAAUACAGAAUGAAAAUAAAUAUCUGAUAGAUAAAUUGUUUAAGCAGCACUUAGUAACUGGAUGAGAAUAACACAUGACACAAUUAUAUGGAAUACAAGUAACUUGAUAACUUUUACUCCAUAUAAUUGAGGGGGGGGGGGCUGAAUGGUUAUACGCCUGCACGUUUGAUCAUAAGGUCUGUCAUUGAGUCAAAUGGCAUGGUUUUGAUUCCCCGCUUAUACAUGACAAGGAGUCGGGUUGCCUGUCCAGCCUUGUGGGUUUUCUCUUGGUCCUCCGUUUUCCUCUAACAGCUAGACCCAAAAAUGACCUAGUUUGUGUGGAGUGGACGAUAAUACUCAUAUAUAAUAGUGUCAUGUGUUUUCUGACAGAUAUUUGUUGAAUAUCAAACAUUAUGCAAUAUAAAGGGCUAAAAUCAUGUCAUUAAGAAUUGGUAAAGUCAGACCGCAGCAUAUGGUCCCUGUAAUUAAUAACAAAUAUAUUAAAACCUCUAACAGAUCUAGUGAAAAUUGUUAGUUAGAUCUGGGGGCUGUUUUACGAAAUUUUAACUAAGAUAAAAUCCAAAUUUUAGUACGGUAAUUUGAUUGGAUAAUAUUAGAUUGAUUUUAGUGCUUAACCAAUCAAAAUUGAAGUAUCUACUAAAAUUUGGUGCAAAUUGUUAGUUAGUAUGGUUAGUGUAUUUUAUGUUGUUGGUUUUUAUACAAAUGUUAUGUUUAAUAUGUUUUGUUACCAUGGAGAUAUAAAUGUUUAAACCCUGGCAUACAUCGACAUUUGCAACUGGGAGCAACGAAUACACAGAUGGAUUACUUUCAGUUGCCUUGUCGGUGUACCUCGUGCUUUACAAUACUGCCAUAAAUUUUUUUUUAAAUUUGUUGUCAAUAUGUGCUUCUCUUGUAUCUGUGUGGAAUUUAUGUAAUGUUAGAUUAUUCCCAAUUAAAAAAAUACAGAUGUGACCUCACCCUUUGAUGUUGGCGUACCAUUAUUUUUAAUAAUCGUACUGGCAACUUGCCAAUCGUACAUUAUUUAUACUAGUGAAAUAUUUCACUGUAAAAGCACGUGCGGGGUGUCUGUAUUUUAAGUUGUUUAAUGGUCUUGAGCUUAAGACAUUGUGUAAUAUAUUGUAAAAACAACUUGGUGUUACAAUAUAUUACUAAUACUUGAUAUCAUAUGAAAGAAACAUUGGUAUAAAUAUGGCCAACCAUAUUCUCUUAUUUUAUAUUUAACUUAAAAGAUGUAUUAUGUAAGAUGUAGAUUAAAAAACUGGCAGUCCUCACUAUAAUAGUUAAAAUAUAGAAAAUGAAAAGGGAAUAUGUUGAAAAUUUCAGUCAAAUUACUUCAUUCUGAGCCAAGUUAGGGCUGUUUGGAGAAAAGCGGUCUCUAGAUUGUCAUCGCUACCAUUGUUACGAUAGUAAACAAAGUCUUGAUUAUCCAUUUUUUUUAUUAAAUCAUUAACUACUAAUCAUUUUUUAUUUCAUCCCUUUGAGCAUCUGAUGGCAUAGAGAGUUGAUUUUUAUCUUGUCAUGUGAACAAAUGUCUGAAUAAUAAUUUAUAUAACAUUUCAGGCCUAAAGAAAGAUCUGCAAUCGGCAGAUUUAGCUCUUGCAUAAUGUAUGUUUAAAUUUCUUUUGACCCAAAUAAAAGAGGUUUAGAUCCUGUUAAGGCAUCAGGUUUAUUAUUGUGGGAUGUAUGUAGGUACAUUGUGGGAUAUCAGUUUUGUUAUGUUUAAUAAAGUUAUAUAUUUAUAUAGAA